AUGCACGAAAUUCCAAAAGGACCCCGAGAGCCAGGCGAACCAGCUGAGCCAACUGAGCCAGUCGAGCCUGGCGCGCUUGGUGAGCACGCCGGGCACGCCCUCCGCGAGCGCGACGCGCUGCGGCUGCGCGUGCGCGCCCUGGAAGAACAGCUCGGCAGUCAGUCGGCCACAGAGCCGCAAGCCCCGAGCCCUGCAGGCCACGCACAAGAACUGCUUCACCUUCUCGCUCGCGAUGCCUCCGCGUCCGCACCCGCAUCGCUGCCCGCUUCCCACAGGUUCCACGCGCUUCCCCUGCUCGACCCUGGCUCCCGGCUGAGCUGUCUACAAGAGUUCCUGCCGCUCCUCCAGGUGCGCUCGCUGGGGCCACCUGCCACUGUCGUCUCGUUCGGGACACAACUACAACUGACUCUGGAAUGGGCCACGCAGUCCGCGCGCGUCACGAGCCUGCGCGUGCUAGAGGUGUCGCCACCGCAGGCCAAGCUUGCCCUGCGCCCUCUAGUUACUCACUGCGAGCGCGCCCUCAACGUAUCUUACCUGCUACUGGGAUGCUACGAAUACUCGCGGCUGCACGCGGCACGCAGCGACCUCUGGCAAGAGAUUGCGCGCGCCAGCCGCCGCUGGCUGGUCCAGCAGCGGUCCGAAAGCUGUCUGCGUGUGUCCUCGCUUCCGGCGCCUGCGGCCGCGGCCGCGACCGCGCCCUCGCUUGCAGUGUUCGUGCACUACCGUAUCGAUUUUGAGAGCGUACCCCUUCCGCAGUCACUGCUCUCCGUGGAGCUCUUUAACGGCCCUUCCACGGUCCCACAUGCCAACCACGUCUGCAACGCGCUCAUCCAAGAAUACGGCCUGCGGCACGGCCUACAAGAGUUCCUCCGCGCCGUGCUCUCGUGA